AGGCCUGGGGAGGUGGGAGCCGCGCGGCGCGCUGGUGCCGGCAGUGGACUAGCCGGAGGUCUGGGAGGCCCCCGGCGGAGCCACGUCCAGGCUGCAGCCGUGAGUAGUCUUCCAUAGGUUGUGAUGAUGUCAGACAUUGCCAAAGACAGAGUAGCCCAUUCAUUAAAGAAAAGAGGGAGCGUGUCUUCUCUAAGUAGUCAUGAAUUCCGGCAGAAGGAACCACAUAGGCGCACCAAAGACUCCCUGAGUACUGUGUCAUAUAUGGAUGAACCUAGCCAGCGUGAUGAUGCCUCUCGCCUUACAGUUCAGAUGGAAAACACCUACCAGUUAGGUCCUACAAAACAUUUUCCUGUGGUUGCUGUCAAUCAUAUUUUGAAAGAUGUGUUAACUAACUAUCUGCAAGAGGAAGAAUAUGAACCAGAGCUCUGUAGACAGAUGACUAAAACAAUUUCUGAGGUUGUCAAAGCCCGGGUCAAGGACUUGAUGAUUCCACGGUAUAAGCUAAUUGUGAUUGUUUACAUUGGACAACUGAACAGUCAGAGUAUACGUAUCGGAAGCAGAUGCCUCUGGGAUCCUAAAAGUGAUACUUUUUCAUCUUAUGUUUUCAGAAAUUCUUCUCUCUUUGCUCUUGCAAAUGUCUAUGCAGUUUACUUUGAGUGAUAGAAAAGAAAUCUAGUUCUUGGUUGUUUUUUUAUAUCAAGAAAUAGACUGUUUUCUAUGCUUACAGAAGUUUUCCUGCCCAUAACUUUGAGAAAGAAACAACACUAAUAUUUCAAACAACUGGAAGCUUUUGGACUUUUUCAAACUCUUGUAAGGAUUGUAGGAGAGGAGGAUGACGCAAUAAGGAAUCUUGUUUAUCCAAAGCAGGAAACAAGCUUUGGUUCCACUAGAUUGUUUUUCACAGACGUAGAUUUUUAUUAAAUAUUGCUUUUGGAUAUAAUUUUUUAAAUUACCCUUUAAUUAGAGAGUUGGAAUUUCCUGCAUUAUUCUUUAAUGAAGAUAAGUGUUUUUUGUUUUCUUUUUAAAAUAUGGCUAUAUACCUUGCUCAAUAAAU